UGUUAAUGAUUGACGGAAGACAUUCGUAUUCUUUAAUUUCUUUUCAUUUCCUUCUCAUGUUGUUCUAUCUGCCAUUUUUGAAAAACUUCAUCAUAGAAAAUUCAUUGAUUGGAAGAUGAGUUUUGAUAGUUUCAUAAGUUUUAGAGGCGAAGAUACUCGUAAUACGUUUACGGGGCAUUUGUACAAGGAAUUGGUUGGAUUAGGAAUAACCACUUUUAUGGAUGAUAAGAAACUCUUGAUUGGAGAUAGUCUUAGUGAAAAACUUAUUAAAGCAAUCGAAAACUCAGAUUCCUUCAUCGUUGUUUUAUCAGAGAACUAUGCUUCUUCAAAGUGGUGUUUGAGAGAAUUGGCAAAGAUAAUAGAUUGUACGGAUGAACAAAAGCAUCGAGUACUCCUUCCUGUAUUUUACCACGUGAAUCCUCGUGAUGUUCGUCGUCAAUCAGGGUGUUUCGAGAACAGCUUUCGCUUACACGAAGAACUUCUACGAGAACUUGACCAUAUGGAAAGAGAUAAAUACAUGGAGGAGGUUCAACAAUGGAGGAGGGCUUUCACAAAGGUUGGCGAUCUCACUGGAGUAGUUGUAACAAAGGAUUGCGUUGAGGUGGAUAGCAUUGGCAAAAUCACAAACCAACUACUUGAUAUGUUAUUGCAUCAUCAAAAGUUAGUACCUUGGGACGAGCUCACUAAGUUAGUUGAUAUUGAACGUCAGUUAUUCAAGAUGGAGAAGCUAAAUGAUUUGGAGCCAAAUGUGGUACGUUUUAUAGGGAUAAUAGGGAUGGGCGGAAUUGGUAAAACAACCAUUGCUGAAGUUUUUUAUGACAGAGUUGCACGUUUUUUUGGAAAAAAUCGUUGUUUCCUUCGCAUUUAUGAACACACUACUUUACUCUCACUCCAACAACAACUUCUUUCCCAACUUCUUCAAACAAAGGACCUAAUUAUAAACAAUGAGAAUGAAGGAGCAAGAAUGAUUGGGAGUCGUUUGAAAGAUAAAAGAGUUCUAAUUGUUCUUGAUGGGGUGAAAGAAAAAACUCAGUUAGAACAGUUAGUUGGAAAUCCUAAUUGGUUUGGUUCAGGGUCCAAAAUCAUCAUUACAACCAGAAAUAGAGAUGUUCUUCGUCAACCAAAUUAUAAAGAUAAAAUGGUUGAAUACAGUGUGGAGUUUCUUGAUACUAAAAGUGCCAUGACACUCUUUUGCAAACAUGCAUUUGGAUGUGGGUUUCCCAGUAAGAACUUCGAGGAUUUUUCUAAGGAGAUUGUAGAAAGGGUUGAAGGACAUCCACAAGCUUUGAUACAAAUUGGGUCGUCUUUAUAUGAUAAAGGUAUAGAGAUAUGGAAAGAAGAAUUGAAGAGUCUUGAGGAAGAUUACAACAAUCGUAUAUUUAAGACAUUAAAGAUAAGUUUUGAUGAUUUAGGAAAGACAAGCCAAGAAGUUUUUCUUGAUUUGGCAUGUUUCUUCAAUGAGAAGACGAAAGAGAAAGUGAUUGAAAUACUUAAGAGUUUUGAUUACAGACCUCAUAGCGAAAUACAAUUGUUGCAAGAUAGAUGUCUCAUUGAAGUUAGAAGUGACAACACAAUACUUAUGCCUAAGUGCAUUCAAACUAUGGGUCAACAAAUUGAACGUGAAGCUGAUAAACGGAGUAGGAUUUGGCUUCCGAAGGAUGCCCAGGAUGUAUUUGAUGAACCACAUAGAGUAAAGGACAUUAAAGGUGUAGUCUUGAAGUUGGAAGAGAAGCAAGAUGAAAUAGAGUUGGAGGGUAAGGUUUUUGAAGAUAUGAGAAGUUUAAAAAUAUUGGAAAUUGGGAAUGUGGAGGUGAGUGGAGACUUCACACAUCUCUCAAAACAAUUGAGAUUGCUUAAUUGGCAUAGCUAUCCCUCACAAUGUUUGCCAUUAAGUUUUGAAUCAAGAUAUUUAUUUCAACUUCUUUUGCCUCUAAGUCAAACAAGACAACUUUGGAAUGGUCAAAAGGGAUUUGAGAAAUUGAAGGUUAUCAAUGUUAGCGGUUCGAAGAAUUUACGAGAGACUCCUAAUUUUACUAAGGUUCCAAAUCUUGAAAGUUUGGAUCUAAGUAAUUGUACAAGAUUGUGGAAGAUUGAUUCUUCCAUUAGUCGUCUCAAUCGUUUGACAUUGUUGGAUAUAACAUGUUGUAUCAAUCUCAAAAACUUGUCAUUUUCUAGAAGCUGCAAAAGCCUCAUAACAAUAAACUAUGUUGGCUCAGGUCUCGAAGAAAAAGGUUUGGACAACUUUCAAAACGACGACUCCCAACUUUAUUUUCAGCCCAAACGGAGGUCAGUUUUUGGAAUUAAUGAAGGUUUCUGCAGUAAAAAUAAAAUUGGUUCCAGCUCGGAUCGGCCCAUCUCCCCCUCAACUCCAUCACGCCAGCCUCAGUGACUCCAACGCACAACCACCAUCGUCCGCCUCUGCCUCAUCUUCCUUCUUGCCGCCACAAUGACUCCAACACACAACUGCCGUCGUCCGUCUCUCUCUCCAUCUCCACUCCGUCUGUCGCACACGUUUCAACCAUCGGUAUCGUCGUUGUUUAGCCUGCCGCCCAGUCCACGGUCUCCCUUUCUCUCCAUUUCACGAAAUCAUCUUUUAUUUGGUCAACAAUUUUGCUCUUGUUUUAUUUGUUUAUAAUGAUUUGAAGAUUGUAUUCAAUUGGGGGUUUGCUAAAUUAAGAUAAAUUGUGUUCAA